GAGAGAGAGAGAGUUUUGAUUUUGGCGCCAUUGUUGGAGUUAGGGUAUGACGCAGAGAGAUAUCAUGCUGAAGUGUGAUGCCUAUGAUCGUUAGCCUUGAAGAAAAAGCAGAGAGAGAGAGUGAGAGACAGAGGGAGUGAGCAUUUGUCUCAUUUCCGCUUUUUGUUACACAUAGUAGACUUUGCGUCUAAGCGAAAUUCAACCGAGUUUAAAGCCACUCAUGCCGAGAGAGAGAGAGAGAGAGAGAGAGAGAGAGAGAGAGAGAUGGGUUUCUGUGUUCCUCAUCACUUAUUGGUUUUCAUGGCUCUGUUCCCUGUUUAUACUGCCUUAAUCAUGGAACCAACUGAUUAUUUCUCAGCCCUCGGUGAUCCUGGAAUGAGAAGCAAGAACAUCAGAGUAGCAUUGGAGUCGUGGAAUUUCUGCAAUGAAGUGGGGCAAGAGAAUCCCAAAAUGGGUAGCCCAAGAUUAGCAGAUUGUGCUGAUUUAGACUGCUCAUCAUCCAAUUCUGGUGAAUGCAAUGUAAUUCAAAUGGUGACUGAUGAAGACAACAAACUUCGGGCUGGUGAUGUGUUUCCAAACCCUUCCUUUACACCUUACAAUGACACUGAUUUGUAUGCUGUAGAGAAAGAAUUAUAUCUUGGUUCCCUUUGUGAAGCAAAUGAUUGGGGAUGCCCAUGGCAAUUUUGGAUGAUCAUGCUAAAAAAUGGGAACUUUGAUACUAAAAGUGCACUUUGUCCAGAAAAUGGGAAAAAGGUUAGCCCAAUAAUCACAGAUAGAAAUUUCCCAUGCUUUGGUGAAGGUUGUAUGGAUCACCCAUUCAUAUAUCAUAAUUGGUCAACGGUUGAUACUCUACCUGGGUCUCUAUUGGAACAUUUAGUGGGAGGUUUCUAUGGAACUUACGAUGUAGAAUCUGAUCCAAGAGAUGGGUUUGGGAACAACUCAUAUUUUUCGGUGACAUGGGAGAAGAAUGUAAGCACUGGAAGUUGGAUCUUUACUCAUAGAUUGAGGACUUCAAAUAAGUAUCCUUGGUUGAUGCUAUAUCUACGUUCCGAUGCAUCAAAAGGAUUCAAUGGUGGCUAUCAUUAUGAAGGUCAUGGUGUCAUGAGAAAGGUGCCCGAGUCUCCCCAUUUUAAAGUCCGAUUGACACUAAACAUUAAGCAGGGGGGUGGUUCAAACAGUCAGUUUUAUCUUAUGGAUAUUGGUAGCUGCUGGAAAAACAAUGGUGAACCUUGUGAUGGUGACGUUCUUACUGAUGUAACUAGAUACAGUGAGAUGAUUAUAAACCCAGAUACAACCAGUUGGUGUCGCCCUGAUAACCUCGCUAGUUGUCCACCUUAUCACAUAACCCCCACUGGAAAGAAGAUUUAUAGAAACAAUACUCACACGUUCCCUUAUUCUGCAUACCAUCUCUAUUGUGCUCCAGGAAAUGCAGAAUACCUUGAAAAACCAUAUGAUAUUUGUGACCCAUAUAGUAAUCCUCAAGCACAGGAAUUGGUUCAGAUUUUGCCUCAUUCUGAAUGGGCUGUUCAUGGCUAUCCAGUAAGAAAGGGAGAUGGCUGGGUUGGGGACCCUAGAACUUGGGAGCUUGAUGUUGGGGCCCUUUCCAGUCGAUUAUACUUCUAUCAGGAUCCUGGAACAAAACCUGCGAGGAGGCUGUGGACAUCGCUUAACGUGGGUACUGAAAUUUAUGUGAGUCGUAAGAGUGAGACUGCUCAAUGGUCUACUCGAAGUAGUCAAGUCCAAUUUAUCUGCUUGCUAAACAAGUAAAAGUUCUAGUCAUGGGCUCUAAUCCUCAAGGAUUUCCAUGCAUUUGGGUUGAUGACUUGAUGUGAGCAUAGACAUUCUCAAAUCUCAAGAUCCGAGUCUAGCUCGAUUUAACAAGCCAAGCUAAUAGAGGAAUCCCUAGAGUUCAACUUCAACGCAAGAUCCAUUGAGAAGGCAACCCAUUUGGUGUAGUUGGUCUUUUCAGGGAUAAACUUUCAUAAGGUCUACUAUGGCCUGGUGGGGUUCAGUGACUUUACUCAAGUGAAACCCGUAUCUCAUUUGGCAUACCCUGUUUUCUCUCAGUUUUUCUCAGGGGUUUUUAAUUGUGGAGGAGUGGCUCAAUGUUAUCAGGUGGAUCGAGAGAAGCUGCACAUGCAUGGAGAAUCACAUAUCUUAUAGAUGAGACUUUUGACACCAAUGAUCUAAUGACAAUCUCUUUACCAGGUACUUAGAGAAGCCAAUAGUAAGGCUGGUUCAUAGGGGAGAAUCUCCCAUUCUCUGACCCAUCUUGUAUAUAUGUUUUAUUUGUUGAUUGUAUUUCUUGCAUAACUAGAUGGAAGCCCUGUAAUUUUAUUCUAAAGGAAAGUUCAACUAUCAACUUACAAGCAUC